AUGGAGAAGAUCACGGACAAGAUCGCGGCUUUGCCGCCAGACGCGAAUUACUUCUCUCUGGAGUUCUUCCCUCCCAAGACCAAGAUGGGUUUCGCCAACCUUCAGGCUCGCUUGGAGCGUAUGGCCCAGGCUUUGCGACCCUUGUUCGUCACGGUCACCUGGGGCGCUGGAGGAAGCACCGCGGCGAGAUCCCUGGAACUGGCCGAGAUCUGCCAGCGCCAACUGCAGUUGACGACAUGCCUGCACCUGACUUGUACCAACAUGAGUCGCGCCUUAGUCGACGAAGCGCUGGAGGAAGCCAAGGUGCUUGGGAUCCGAAACAUUCUCGCCCUGCGUGGUGACCCGCCACGUAGUGAAGAAUACAACAUGCACGGAGAAGAUGACAGCAACAAGGACUUCACAUUCGCGGUGGACUUGGUGCGCUAUAUCCGCAAGCAGUAUGGCGACUACUUCUGUAUUGGUGUUGCUGCGUAUCCCGAGGGCCACCCUGCCGACAACUUCCAGGAUGGUCAGGAUCCGGAGAGAGACCUGCCAUACUUGGUCGAGAAAACGCAGGCGGGGGCGGACUUCAUCAUGACUCAGUUGACCUACGAUAUGGACGCAUACACCAGGUUUGAGAGCAUGCUACGGAACCACGAAUCUGGCGCUUUCAAGACGAUCCCGAUCGUCCCUGGUCUGAUGCCUAUCCACAGCUACAAGAUUCUGACGAGAGUGACGAAGCUCAGCCAUGUGAAAAUCCCACCCCAUAUUCUAUCGAAGCUGGAUGAAGUGAAACAUGACGACGACGCCGUGAAGCGCAUUGGUGUGGACAUUAUCAGCGAUCUCGUGUAUGGUAUCAGAGACCUUGGCUGCACGGGACCCCGUGGAUUCCAUUUCUAUACCCUGAACUUGGAGAAGACUGUGUCUUUCAUCCUCGAGCGGUGUGAACUCAUUCCCCCUUACUCCGAGAUCGACGACUCGGAUGCGUUGGUUGACGGCGGUAACCUGUCUGCGAUGGACUCAUCGUCGUAUGUCGCCCCGAAUGGCGCUCAGAUCCGCAACCUGGCCAGUCGCCGCUCGUCCGUCAGCUCAAUCCCACACAACCGAGUCAUUGUAGACAAGGUACUGAUCUCCGAAGCAUCCUCAAAGGGCUCCGUGACACACGAGGCCUCCGCCUUGAGUGCUGGUCUGCCUGCCAUGCCUCCAGACCGCAGCACAACCCUCCAAAUUUCCGAAGGCCUUGGUGCGCUCGGCAGAGAAGCUACUUGGGAUGACUUCCCCAACGGCCGUUGGGGUGAUGCGCGCUCGCCAGCAUUCGGUGAAAUCGACGGCUAUGGCCCGUCGUUGCACGUCCCCGCUCCCAUUGCCCGUCAAAUCUGGGGCUAUCCCGUCUCUCGCGAAGAUAUCAGCACCCUGUUCCGCCGUCACGUCUCCGGCGAACUCUACAUGGUUCCGUGGUCUGAAGGUGGCGCCGAAGAAAACAGCAACGGCCUGAACGCUGAAACCGCCGUCAUCCAGACCGAGCUGCUGACGCUCAUCGACAAGAAGGGCUGGUGGACACUGGCCUCCCAGCCCGCCAUCAACGGAGUUCGCAGCGACGACCCCGUCUUCGGCUGGGGUCCUCCCGGCGAAGGAUUCGUCUUCCAGAAGCCAUUCGUCGAGUUCUUCUGCCCCGACAAAGACUACCAGACCGUUCUCAAGCCCCUUUUCCAGAAACACGGCCACGAGAAACUCGCUUGGUUCGCCACCAACGUCAAGGGCGACUUCGAAUCCUCCCUCCCUGGCCCGAACCCCGACGACCCGGACCCGAUCGACAUCAACCCCGCCAACGUCAACGCCGUCACCUGGGGUGUCUUCCGCGGCAAGGAGAUCGUCUCCCCGACCAUCAUCGAAGAAGUCAGUUUCCGCGCCUGGGGCGACGAAGCAUACCGGAUCUGGGACGAAUGGCGCCGCAUCUACCCCAAGAACUCGGCCACCGAGCGCUUCCUCAACCAGACUAAGAACGACGUCUGGCUUGUCUGUGUCGUCGGACAGGAAUUCGGCGCCGGAACAGAAGCCGGUUCCGAGGAAGAAGAAGACGAAAAGAAAUGGAUGUGGCGCGAGCUGGCCAACAGCCAGUAA